CCUCUAACACGUUUAGUUAGCGCUGCAAUCCGCGUGGGGAAGGUGUUACUCCUCUCCUCUAUCAACCCCGACGAGUGAGUUAUCGUUACACUGACUGACAGCUCGAAAUCACCACAGCGAUUGUGAAUUCGCCCAGAAACAACACCAGCAGAGUUUCAGAACAGUCGAUACUCGCCUUUUUCGAAGAGCAUUUGUGCACAUCUGGAUAUAAUCUAGUGUGUGCUCCCGCGUGUGUGUGUGUGUGUGCGCGCGUGUGUGCGAGGUACAAGCGCGCGUGUGUGGUCGAAAGGGGUUCAAGAAGACACCUGGGUUCCUUUACCUGACCUCAGAGGCACAUCGAGGCAUUCCAGUAGCCUGGCUCUUUCCUUCACUCACACGACUGUCGUUCGUCAACAGUCCGGAAUGAAAUCCAUCAGCUGGAAUAAGAGCUGUCACCGCAGCGUGAGGCCCAACCCCAUCGGCGUCAGGUCAAACAGAUGUCAUGCCGAGGUCAGGCAGGAGCGACAAGAAAUCCGCGACUACCUGGACAAGCUACGCCAAUUAGUGCCCGCCUGCCCCAAAGCUGGGAAGCUGUCGAGGCUGGCGGUGAUUCAGUACGUCAUCGACUACAUCGUCGAGUUGCAGGACACUCUGGUCCACCAUCCGGUUAACAGCAUUCUGGGAAAUGAGGACAUUGCCGACCUGACCUCCUCCAUCCACAGCAAUCCCAUCUUCAGCUUGCAGGCUCUGAACGCCAGCAGCAAUAAAAAUUCGACGUCGUUGGCCAACGCCUCGGCGACAAACAAGGAUGACAAUCACGUCGUCGUCAGCGGCAAGACGACCACGGCAGCAGCGACAUUGAACAAUAACACCAGCAGUAAGAAGAGCAAGACGAGUUCCACCACCAGCAGUAGUACUAGUACUACCAGUACUACCUGCAGAAGACCUCUGGGAGUUUUGUCGUCUUUUAAAAACCACAGAAAUCUCUGAAGAAGUGAACGGAAGCAAGGAAAUUAUAUAUAUUCUCAUAAACUUUUUUAUAUUUGUAUGUAGACUCCUCAAUGUAUAUACAUAUUUACAGUUUGUUGAAAGUCCCCCUAAAUAUAGCCACCAAAGAGAGAGAGUCGUUCUAAGUUGACCAAUGCAACGUAUACAAAAAUAGAGAGAGAGAGAGAGAGAGAGAGAGAGAGAGAGAGAGAGAGAGAGAGAAGCCACAGGGAUGCAGAAGGCGUUUACCAAAUAUGCCAUGUGUACGGAUUACCAAGGAGUUGAGGAGAGAGAGGAGGGAGGAUGGGGUUGUGGAUCUGUCUGUGGUUCCCAGGGUGGGAGGGGAGAAUGUUGCAGGCCGACCACCCACUCCCAAGUCCCAACCCCGUAGGUGGCAUUGCUGGUGGGUGGGAGGUCGCUUUUGGCGUAACCCUGACCUGUCUGACAGUUACCCUGCCAUAUCUGUGCCUACAUAACACUCCCUCACCCUCACACCCCUUCCCUCCAUCCCCCCUCUCGCUACAAUCAUAAACAAACCUCCCCAAACUCUCUCUCUCUCUCUCUAUUCUGUCAAUGAAACUUUUUUUUUUUUUCGUUUCCUUUCAAGCGAAAACGAGUUUGAUAUUUUUUUUUAUUUUAUUUUCCUCCUGCUCUGUCUUGUCUCUUCCUUCUUGGAAGCGGUGGUUCUUGCCCAUGUUAUACAUUAUUUAUCAGACGUAAACCUGCUGGGUGGACACGGUCUAUGAACGAAAGCGUCUAAACGUCAUUAGUACGUAUCAACAUCGGGGAUCACCUUUUGAUCCUUCAUUCACCUCGCCGAACGAAAGGAAGAAGAAGAAGAAAAAGAGACAACUCCUUCGGCAGCAUCAGGCUGACAACGCAAAGCGCUGUCUCUACACCUGCUGUGACCAGUCACUAAAUGAGAUUAACCAGGUGGUGUUACUUGAUGUUAAAUCGAGAUUGCCGAUGAUGACUCAUCUCGCCGAGGGCACACACAGCCCUUCCUAUCCUCCUUCAUCUUCUCUCCAGCCCUCUCAAGAACCUUGGACUCUGUAACAAUUAUUCUCCUGUUGCAAAUACCUUCUUCAUGUCAGCUAGACCUUCACCAAUAAAACCAGCUGGGGCGACCAUUGCCAUCUGCCCCCCCCCCCUUACUUCCUCCAUCUUUCCACCCCGUCGCUGCUGCUGCUGCUGCCGUCUUACUACCACACCUGGGGGAGGGACUCCCCCCAUCCAUCUUUUCGGCCCUCAACUAGCCGGUGACGACGUCAUGUGACGAAGAAGAGAAUGUUGUGCGAUGAAUAUGACAAAACACCUGGUCUUCAACGCCUCCCCCACCCCGCCCCCCUUACCCGGAGCCGAGAGGCCUUACUCAUGACUGAGAGGUCCACCUCUCUCUCGCCACUCACCCACCCACAGCCCACACCGGCUCCGCACCUCCAGCUGGCUGCUUCUUGGACUCGCAAUCUGUCCAUCCUUCAGUAAAUGCUUCUUUUUAAAGGGUCCUACUACAAGUGGCCCUUUCAUCAUGCUUCUGCGUCGUCGUCAGGAAGAACAUAUGCGCAGGAGGUUAUUGGUCCUUCUUCUUGGUGGUCCAGCAGGAGGCGUCGAUUUCUUGCGAGCACCUGGACGACUUCUUCAAAAGAGGAAAAGUAUUGCAUUCUGUCGUCGCCCUUUCAUGUCAUGAUUCUCAAUUGUUCCAUUGUCCACUGAGGUGAAAUCAAAUCACCUUGUAAUAUAACUUCUGGAACUGAGAGCAAUUCUGAGUGUAAACUCUCGUCAUUUUGCUCAAUAGCUUUCAUUCUUUAUUUCUUAAUGGUCAAAAUUAAGGACCUACGUUACGUUACGCAAAUGGGAGAAGUAGAAAACGGCACAUCAUGUUACGAGAAUCAUUUCAGGUCGGCUUUGGAUGAUAACUUUAGCACACACCUGGGUUUUAAGAGGGAAAAUGGGGGAAGGGGGAUGGCGGGGUUUGGGGUGGGAUGUAUUGUUAUACCAGAAGCCACGUGUCUGUCUACAAUCCACAGCAGUAUAAUGGAUGUUAACUUAUGAUUGUUGAAAAUGUUGCCAAUUCGUUUUGUUUUAAUUAAUUUUUUUUUGUUCUUAAGAUAUUUUACAAGGCUAAUAUAUGAUUAAUGUCGUAAAGAGGCUUCAGUUGCUCUCCCUCUCUCGUACAGUGAAACGUAAAUUAAUGUGAUUGCAAGUAUGCGUUACAUAAAUUAUAUUUUAAGUUAGUAAUAGUUCAAGAGGGAUGGCCUAGAUCUAUCUAUCAAUUUAUAUACUAUCUAUUUAUUCUUCAACACUCGCAUUAACACCCGGUGGAUGUUUCAUUC